CCCGGCGAGGGCCUCACGAUCCUCUACAGCCACGGCAACGCGGAGGACCUGGGCCUCCACCUGCCCUUCAUCGACGCGCUCGCGCGGGCGACGGGCGCCGACGUCUUUAGCUACGAGUACGUGGGCUACUCGCUGAGCCGCUUCGCGAAUUUGUCGCCCGACGAGGACGGCUGCUACCGGUCGAUCGACGCGGCGUGGAUCUACCUCACGGAGACGCUGAACAUCCCCGCGAACCGCAUCGUCGUCUACGGCCGGUCCAUCGGCACGGGGCCCUCCGUGGAUUUGGUCGCGCGGACGGCCCUCAAGUCCGGCAAGGCGGCGGCGCAGCCGCCGCGCGGCGCGCUCGGGCUCCUGCUCCAGUCGCCGCUCGAGUCGGCGAUCCGCUGCGCGCUGGGCUACGGCUCGUCGCUCUCCAUGUACCCGCUGGACAUCUUCAAGAACUACGAGAAGAUCGAAAACGUCGUCUGCAAGGCCGCGAUCAUCCACGGCACGUCGGACAACGUCGUGCCCUGCAAGGGCGGCGUCGCGCUCCACGACGCGCUCCAGAACCCCUACGAGCCCUGCUGGCUCGAGGGCUACGGGCACAACAACAUG